GCAAAGAACACCCACGACUCAGCGAUUACCUCGACCACAGUAGUGUUUCACUCUUUUACAUUAUGUGACCUGUAUCUAUGCGAGGUUUCAGGCUAAUAUUUGCACCAGAUCAUGACAAAGAUCCGAAAAACCAACGAUUAUCUUCCUUCUAUUUGGUCUGUUUGGCAUCGGGCUGCCUUCUAGUAACAUGUCACUAGUACUCCAGAGUAGAGUGGAGGCACCCAUGACCCAUCGCUGUAUUGAGGUCUGAAAAGGCUUAUCUUAAAACGCCUGCAAGCCUGGAGCCAUACGUUCCGUUGCCUUUCCCCGGCAAUAAUGGCGGUCCGCCUGCCAUGGCCUAGGAUCAUGUGGUUUGACAUGGGACCUCUUAUACGUUCUUCAUAUAUAUAGCGCUGCGCUGCAGUUCUUACCAUUAUUCGGACUUGACGACUCCCCUGUCGAUACUGCCUGACCUCUUAGCAACAACGUGCACCUAUGACUAGAAAAAUUCUCGUUGGAUUCGGCGUAGAUGUUGAUGCUGUGGCUGGUUGGCUUGGGUCCUAUGGAGGAGAAGAUUCGCCAUUGGACAUCUCUCGAGGAAUGUAUGCGGGAGAAGUUGGGGUACCUCGCCUUCUGAAGCUGUUUGAUAAGUAUAAGAUCAAAACAACCUGGUUCAUUCCCGGUCAUAGCUUGGAGACAUUUCCGAAGCAAAUGGAAGCAGUUAGAGAUGCCGGUCAUGAAAUAGGUCUUCAUGGAUACUCCCAUGAGAACCCUGUCUCUAUGACCCUGGAACAACAACGUGACAUCUUGGACCAUACUUUUAAGCUUCUUACGGAUUUCAAUCAUGGUGUUCCUCCGAAGGGCAGCGUCGCUCCUUGGUGGGAGACCAGCAAAGAGGGGACGGCGCUGUUGUUAGACAAGGGCAUUGAAUAUGACCACUCCAAUAUGUGCCACGAUUCGCAGAUGUAUUAUCUUCGUGACGAAGAUACAUGGACAAAAAUUGAUUAUCAGGCGAAAGCUCACACGUGGAUGAAGCCGCUGCAAAAGGGCAGGGAGACUGGGCUCGUCGAGAUUCCGGGUAACUGGUUCAUUAAAUCAAGCUCGAACUCGCAUGGUUGGGUCAGCACUCAAGCUGUCGAGCAGCUUUGGAAAGAUACAUUCACUUACCUAUAUAGAGAAGAGCAAGAUUUUGUAUUUCCCAUCAGCAUCCACCCGGACGUUAGCGGUCGUCCACAUGUACUGCUGAUGCUGGAGAGAUUCAUUGAAUGGAUCAAUACUCACGAUGACAUCCAGUGGCUGACCUUCUAUGAAAUGACUCAAGAUUUCAGAGCUACAAAUGACCCAGCACCAGGUGCCGUCAUGCCUAAGGGUUUCAAGAAGGCCUAAGCUUGUUUGUAUAAUGUAGUGCAUUUCUUACAGUACAUUCGUAUUGAGACUUCUUCAGGCGCCGUUGAAUGUUUAACUAGUGAUUUGUAUUAGUAUGUUCUAUCAACUUGUCCUUGUGAAUUCUGCGUUUC